AUGGCUAAAGCGGCAUCUUUAGCGGACACCUUAGGCAAGCAUUUGGAGUGUGCAGUGUGUCUCGAUCAGUACAAUGAACCGAAAGUUCUUCCCUGUCUUCACUCUUUCUGCAAAAGUUGUCUGCAAGGACUUUUGACUCUCGAAGGAGCAGUUUGCAAGAUAAUUUGUCCAACAUGUCGCUCAAGUGCUGAGGUUAGUUCCGGGGUUAUUUUGGACUAUGCUGUCGUCAUUUGCAAAAGGAAAUUUUUAUGCAUUGUACAGUAUAUGUGAGCUUAUCCAUUGGCAACAUUUUUGCGGACGUAAAUGUGAUAAUUUUCUGCUAGUUCGACAACCAUCCCUACAGAUCUUCAAGUCAAUAACGUUCUUGCCUUUUUUUGCCUCUAAUUCUAUGUGGCAGUUAAUCUUCUGUCCAAAAAACAGGUUUUCCUUUUACUCUAAAACUGACUGCUCUGUCUAGUAAGCUGUCGUCUCUACGAUAAAUGCUUUGAUUGAGGUCCCAAUGAAUGAUUUUUUGUUUUCCCCUCAAGGACAAGAAAAAGACUGUACGUGAGGUGUUUAAGUUUCGACAUAUUCACUUAACUGGACGUUUAGGGAAGAGGGGGGUAAGGCGGUGGACGUUACGUGCGUAUUUUUGGACAAAAGCAAACUGACGCAUUUUCAUAAAUUUCACCACAGGUGGCCCAGACGUAAUAUGUGUCACUGAAUGAAUAUAAGAUUCGUAUCUGUUCGGUGCUCCUAGGGCAAAUUGGAUCUUUUUAAAAAUUACAAGGGCUUCAAUAUUAUUUUCCUGAUUGAUUGACCUAGAAGUACCAUCCCUCCCAUAGCAAGUGCUGCGUUGUUGCGCGAACGCGGUCGCUAAGCUUGAAUAUUCACGUCGCGUAUUAAACCUGGUCGUUUGCGGUCAUAUCGAAGCGUAAAGGUCAACAGUGGUUGUUGAUGAACGAGCAAUUAUUGUGCAGUUGCGAUGGGUUUUGUGGAGCAAGCGAGCCAGAAGCAGGAGCACACGUUACCUGCAGAUUAGCCGAUGGUUAUUUGGAGCGGAUUCGUCGAUUAUUCUCGAAUUUAUAGCGCUUCGUGUGAAGGCGCGUGGAGAUGUAUGGUCUGUUUGUUUAGUAGCCAGCCUUUAAUUCUUCUUUACUGGAUAGUACCUACAAUUGCAAAACUCAACAAAAUGCCACUUAAACCGGCCAGGAAAGACAAGGAUACGUUCAGUUGAAGGUAUCUUAGCUUUGUUUUGUUAUAUUUUGACUUUUGGACUAUUUUCGUCCAUGGGAGUUUCGACGACUCGUCUCAUUAAUUUGUCCAUGUGAAUAUUAAUAUAUUCAUUCAGUGACACAUAUUACGUCCGGGCCGCCUGUGAUUUUACGUCAUGUGUGGAGCGGCGCUUGUAACAUUAUUUACAGUGUGACUAUAUAAACCGCGGCGACACAGCCAAAAAAUGAGACAAAUUUCGAAAUUAGCCAAUCACAAGUGGAGAUCUAAACAAUGAAUUUGGGUAUAAUUUCGUACUCAGAGCCAGUUGAAAAUAGGUAGAGAACAAUUUUGCUAAAGGAUAUAAAAUAACACAAUAUACAUACUAGGAAUCAUGAUGUUUGUGUAAAUCAAGCUUUUUAGCUGACCUCCUAGGAAACAUGUUUACUUGAACGAGUUGCAAAGGUCAUGCUUCGUGAUUGGUGGAUUAUUACUAUCUGAAGUUGUAUCUGUUUUGUAUUAGGUUCACUCCUUGUGAUUGUCUGAUCGUGUAGUUGCACUGUAAGAGAAAGCAGGACCAAUAAUAUUAUUAAAGAAGUGAAUGUAAAUAGAGCUUUACACUAAUGAUGUCACAAAUUUCUGGUCCCUGCUGUGACUCACAUAUUGAACCUGACGAGUUUAAGAGUUUUGUAUGGGAAAGCCACGUUCGCCAACAAAUUUUUGUCAUCUUUGAAGAUUUUUAUUGUCAGAAGAAAAAAAUCCAGCUCAGUUUCAAUAACGUAUAUCCUGAAUUAGUAAAAUGCAACCAGUGGUCUAUUAUUCAUGCGGUGUUCUGAUUGGUUGAGCUACUACUAGGCUAUAUGUAUGUAGCCUACCAGUAGCUUAAAAGCGCCGCACUUUUGGCGGCAAAAAGUAUUAAAGUCUAGCUUUAACUAGCUAAAAUUUUUUACUCUCGAUAUUUUUGAACAACUAGUUGGAUUUUACUUAAACAAUUAUUCCUCUCACCCUCAUGGCCUCUGAGUCAAUAGCCCAUUCGACCUUCGGCCUCAUGGGCUAUUUACUCAGAGUCCAUUUGGGCUCGAAGAAUAAUUGUUAAUUAAUCAACAAGUGCAGAGACAACGUGAAACAUGGAAAAAACUGUACAGAUGAGUGAUUUUAUUUCUUAUGCGGUGUCAUUACUGUGGGUAAAAUUGUGUUACAGGCAUUUUACUAAGAAUUGUAUGGAGAGCAGGGCUUGAAAGCUGUUCAUAGAAUGGUGCACUUAGUUAAAUUUAUAGGCAAAUAUGUUGCUCAAUUUUUUUUUCGAGUGCUAAUGUUAUGCGCUACUUAUAGUACUACAGGAUAUGGUAUCUACCAGGCUGCAUAACAACAGAACAAACUAGUACAAUUUCUGGUUUGUGCUUAUGUUGGCGUGCUUUUCAGCUCAGAAAUUCUGCUACAGGCUUGUAAGAGCACAAACAAACUGGUCUUCCUCUUAAGCAAUUUCGGUUUUGGAGUAUUACACAGCCAGAAAUAAUGAUAAUUGUCAAGUUUUACUGCGUAGAGUGCUAUCUGACUAAGUGGCCCUGCCAGGGUAAAUUCCGACAAGCGACAUGGCCCAAAAAGUAGCGACAGCACAUAAAAUGAAAUCGCGACAAGAGACAACCUCCCUCGGCCAAAUUGCAACAGUGACGGCAAAGCCGACAAUAAGCGACAAGCAUUUAUAAACACUGAGCGAGACGUUUUAAAAUUCAGACGGGCAACAUGGAACCUCCCCCCCCCCUGGCAGGGCGUCGACUAAGACAGAGCUUGGGAUCCCAUUUCAGUAGCCUUCUUUGAACAGUUUGCAUUAUUUUCUGAUUUUAACCAUUUAUUUGAGUUACAAUUGGACCAGGUUUUGCUCCCUAUAUAGCAGUAAUGCCUUUUACAUGUUAGAAUAAAGCUCCAAAAAACAUUUUAAAAACGCUCAUUGUGAAUUUUAUGAAAAAUUUUCAUGUCAGAAAUGCAUGCUGCUCAUGCAAAGCCUUUGAGCGGAGUGCAAAGUUUGUCUGAAUCAUGUGGGCCGGGUCUAAGGUGACAAAACCUAGUUUUAAUGAUAGUGCAAAGCGCUAUUGUGAUCUUUUAUAAAACUCUGCUCGUAAUAACUACCAGCAAAUUGUAUAUUUUGCAUUGUGAUUUUUAAACUCUAUCCUAAAUUAUAUGCACCAAUAGUUUUUUCAAAACCAACACUUAUUGUUAGUUUGCUGAUAUUGUAAAUACUUUUGUUAGAACACAUUUUGAAUCUUUUCUCAAUACAUACUUUCAAUGUCAGCGUCCCUUUUCGAGAAUCCGUUCACAGCCUCAUCAGACAAAAUCCAAGGCAGGCACUUCAAUCUGACAACAAAUGACAAUACUUUGACUUAAAAAGAAUAAGGUAUAAAGUCAAUAACGUCAAUUUAUAAUGAGCAACUGCCUACCUUUACAGUGUUCUUUAUAGCACAAGUGGCAAACCCAGCAAAUUUCCUGGAAUUCUCCCUCACUUAGAUAUAUCAGUAUAGUACAGAUAUUCUUAGUUGAUGGAGUGUGCAUUAGUCACACAAAACCUGUAGGCGAUAAUAAAACAGUUUUUACAACUCAAGAAGUUUGCAAAAGUGCUGCUCACUGGUUUUUCCCUUCAAAAAUAUUUUUAAAAUAUAAUGAAGUUUCUACCACUUUUUAACGCAGUUAAAAUUGUGUUGAUACCGUUGACAUCUUCAUGUAUUGUAAGGACAUGUCAGUAUUCCUUCUGGAAUGCAGUGACUUUUGGAGCAGCAAAAUUUCAAGUGGACGUGAAGGAGUGGGGGGGAAGGAAGGGGGGUCUGACUUGAACGUCUAGGUGAUGUAAAAUGGGGAAAAAGUGAAUGUGUCGACGGCCCAUUACUUCCUUACUUUUGGCACUAAUAAGAAGAAGGAAAAGACUUACUUUAAUAUUGAUAUCAAUUUGUCAUGUGAUGCUCUUUUGCCGUUGAUCUCCAGUUUCUUGCUAACAACUCUUAAAUUUGUCAAACCUGCUGUAUUAAACUGAGUCAACCUGUUGAUCAUCCAAUACAGUAUGUGGUCCUUAGUCCAGGGCCGGCCGGUUUUACUUUGUGAUAUAAUUUUCGGGAAGAAAAUAAGGUUACAAAACAAACGAAAUGUUCCCAGUGUUUAUUCAUGUGGCUAGCUUCUUAAUCUCCAUUAGAGGUUUUCCUGAUGCUAGAGAAGGCUGGAAAAUCAAGUUACUUGAACAUAAGUGAAAAGAGCAGUUUAUGCUCAUAGUUGCAUCAUGCAUGGGUAUUCAGGGCAAGAUGGCGGGAAAUUCAAAGAUUUGUAUUAGAAUUCAUAGCCAGCUAAUUCUUCCUGAAUUCAUAUAUUAAUUUGAUGCUUUCUCUUUGAAAAGAAGUUCAAAGAAACAAAAUUAUACACUAAAUCUGGAGUGCAAAGAAUUGAAGUCAGUGAUCAGUUUUUUGAAAACCUCAAUUUUUCCAUACAUUUUCUUUAAUAUUGCAGUUGAAUUACAGAAAAUGUUUGAGAAAAUCGAGGUUUUCUAUUCAACAAAUUUUUGUACGGGGAGGCUCCACCCUGAGGUGCAACCCCUUACACAUACCCUUUUAUAUACCAUUUUUCACAAAUGGUGCCGCUUUCACAUAGCUACAAUAGCUUGUUUAGAACUGCAUCCCUUUUGAACUGCUGUAAAUGUCAUUUAAAUAGGAAUCAAUCACAAAAAUAGAAAGUUUUAUAAGGCCAUAAAAUUUAUUUGUUAGCCCUUUGGGCCCUUUCACAGACCCGUGUGAUAGAUUUCUUUACCCUGGCCUUUCGUAUACUUCAACAAAUAAAAUCCCUGCCCUUUCAUAUACCUGAACCCUGAUUAAGGUACCCCUUUUGGGUGGAGCCUCCCAGUAUAGGCUAUUAUAGGGAGUACCCCCCCCCCCCUUCCCUCGGAAAGUUCAAUUUUUUGUUUCGUUUAGUUCUUAGUAAAUUAAGAUUCAUAAAUUAGUGCAGUGAGGAUCUUUCCACUUUGAGUCACACAUUUUAAGUAAAGCACUUUCAAUGAGUGGAGUAAAUAAUGAAAACCGCCUGCAGUGUUCAUGCAAGAUAUAUUGCUUGAGACUUUCCCAGCAGCACCAGUGCACUUUAUUAAUAAUUUAUUAAGUAGUUAUAUUGAAGACCAACUGAGACAUAUUUUUCUGAUAGGAUUGAGUUUUUGCUUGGAAUCUGUGAACAAGCAACAGCAGAAUAUAUUUUUCUUUGAUUGAAAUUCAGUAGUGGCGAUUUCUCUGCAUUCGCAUCAUAACUGCAUCGAUAACUGCACAACACACAUUCGCACAGAUGCAAAAAUGUUAAUUCUUCAUGAGACCAAACUAUAGCUCUUUACACAGAAAUCUCAUUUUGGUUUUGAAGUUAAAAUGAUGCCUAUAGAAAAUAUACAGAAAUUUAGAUCAGCUGGUGUUUGGAAUGUUUCUUUUUGUGCACAGUUUGCAUGCCGGCUUUGUGACUAAAGUGGCCGAACCAAGGAACCACUGGCCGAACCAGGGGUCUUUAAACAGAGCAGUCAUUUUGUAUAAUGCAGGAUUGUCGGUAAGGCUCAGAAGCUGUCAGUUUUAAGUUAGUAAAAUAUGUUACAGCAACUUAGAGGACAACGUUCAGCUCAGUGCUCCUCUCUUAGGAUAAGAAAUUACUCGUUUACAUCUUUUUCAUUGGACCAAGGACCACAUAUUGUACAGGUGUGACUGCAUUUAUUAAUCUCUUAUAUUUAUUAUAAAUAAUAUGAAUACACUUGUAAUACACAGAUUCCUCAAGGACAAGUUGAUUUACUACCUGCCAAUUUCUUUGUCAACAAUUUAUUAUCUGUGGUUGCUCUUCACGAAGAAUCGGAAAACAGAAAACUUGAGUGUGAUAUCUGUGACAGUGGAGACCCACCUGCUAACAGAUGUACAACUUGCUCCUAUUUUCUAUGUGCGUUUUGCACUCAAGCUCAUCAACGAGCACGAAACACCAGGUCACACAAUCUGGUCUCUGUAGAAGGGUCUGCAGCUGUAACAAAGUCAGCGGUUUGUAAAGAACAUGAUGGAGAAGUGAUAAAACUGUUUUGUAAUACAUGUGAGGAAGCUAUCUGUAGAGACUGCACCAUCGUGGAGCAUCGUGAUCACAAUUAUACAUUCGUGAAGGAUGCAUUCUCAAAGGGCAAAGAAAGCUUGCUGAAGGCUCUGGCUGAUACAAAGGAAAAAGCAGAUGUUCUUGAAAAGGCUGUGAAAGGUGUUUUGGAGAUGAAGAGAAGUGUACACUCUUGUGCCAAUCAGACCAAACAAGAAGUUGUUGAGUGUUGUGAUGAACUGACAGAUUGCAUUGCUGCUCGCAAAACAUAUCUGGUUGAUAGAGUAGAAGAAUUCAAAAAAGCAAAAUUGAAAUCUCUGGAUGUUCAGCAGGAACAGCUAGAAAAAGCUCUAGCAAGUGUACAGAGCAGUGUGCAAUUCACUGAAAAAGCAGUUGAAAACGGCAGUGAGGUGGAGAUCCUAAACACACAUAAGCAAAUAUUUAGUCAAUUACAAGAUUUAAAAUUGGCCAAAUGGCAGCUGGAACCAUGUGUUAAUGAAUCUCUAAGCUUCACAGGUAAUGGCCAUUUGAAGGAGGACAUUUCAACCUUUGGUAUUGUUAGUGACGUGGUAACUGAUGCUGGCAUGUCAACUGUAACCAUGGAAAAUGGACCAGAGGGUGUCAUGUACAGUUCACUAUGUGGACAGCCAGUAAAAUUCCGUAUCAUUGCAAAGGAAAGCAAUGGUAGGAGGCGGAAAGAAGGUGGAGAUAUCUUCAAAGCUUUUGUGAACACUGCUAAUCCGCUUAGGUCUCAAGUGAAACAGAUUCCAGUGAAGGAUUGUGGAAACGGUACCUACAGUUUCUGCCACACUCCAAUGGAAACUGGCUUUUUUGAGUUGUCUGUGCAGGUUAAGGGCUCUCAUAUUCGAGAAAGCCCAUUUCAGUGGUCCGUCAGGGAUCAAAACAGUUUAGGUGAAUUAAUUCUAUGUGCCAAAAAACUUACUGCUAAGUACAGCUACAAAGGAGAUGGUGAUUAUGUUGAUGAUGAUGAUGAUGUUAAUGAUGAUGAUGAUGGUGAAAAU